AGCUUUACACUUUGCCCUGACGCGUACUCAUCACCUAUCACCUCAGGCCAAAUGACGCGAUAAAGUCGCUUUUAUUUAAAAAAAAACUUCGUCUCCGUAUCUUGAAGCGCAGCUGAUGCACUCCUGUGUGUUCAGUUUAGGCACUUGUCCCACGUGUGGUUUAGGGCCGGCUAGGAAGUGUACUAGUUGUAUUCGUUUCAUAUUUCAGACUUCCAUGACGUUUCUGCUCCCGUUUGCAGCGUUAAAAUGUUUGCGUCAGUCAUUUAAACUUUGUUUUGGUUCCGCUGAGAAAAUGUGUGGGUAACUCGAUUUAUUUUUCUUAUCUGGCGGUGGGUCCUCUACAGCGGCGAUCGCAAGAUUAUUAAUUUGGACUUCAGCUGUUCGAUUAGAUUAUAUCACAAGCCGCUUGCCCAGAUGAGGAUGAGCAGCAACUGCUCUGUUUCCUAUAGGCUGUGUUCUGGUCGAAUAAAUCCGCAGCAGAUCCCCCCCCAAAACGACUUUUCUUGUUGAUCGAUAAAUGGGCUGAGUGCGAAACGCAUCACCACCUGGAUGUGGAUCUCACAGCCCGAGACGGGAUCAGAUCGUACAACAGUUCAACGUGCUCUGAAGCGCAGAUAUGGCGGCCGUGGGGGACGCGCAGGAGGCGGCCGGUGGCGGGGCCGAGUCUCCGGGCCGGCGGCGGCGCACCUCCCUGCUGGACGGCGGCGAGGACUUCGAGAUGCUGAAUGACGAGGAGGAGGAGGACGAUGAUGAUGAUGGGGAUCUUCCUCCUCUGGAAGACACCGCUGCAGGGAAGAAGGCGGCUGUUCGGAAGGAAGGGGAGGACGGGACUGGGAGUGAGCAGAGCCCUGCGGCUGAGGACUCCUCGGAGGGAGAGGAGUGGCUGGAUGUCUUGGGGAACGGGCAGCUGAGGAAGAAGGUGCUGGCGGCUGGCAGGGGCCCGGACAGCCGGCCCAGGAAGGGCCAGACAGUGAGGGUCCGGCUGAAGGCCUCGCUGCAGGACGGCUCCCUGGUGCAGGAGGAGCCCAGCCUGGAUUUCACGCUCGGAGACGGCGAUGUCAUCCAGGCGCUGGACCUGGCAGUGCAGCUCAUGGAGCUGGAAGAGAAGGCCCUGAUCUAUUCAGACGCAAAGUACGCUUAUGGGACCUUAGGAAACGAGAGUGACCCGGCCGCGCCCCCGGCCGCCGCACUGAGCCUGGAGGUGCAGCUGCUGGAGGCCAGCGACGCGCCCGACCUGGAGCUGCUCCCCCCCCGCGAGAAGAUCGCCCUGGCGGACCGCAAGCGGGCGCGCGGCAACGCCUGCUACCAGCGCGGGGACUACGUCUUCGCCGUCAACUCCUACGGCAUCGCGCUGCAGAUCACGGAAUCCGGCUCCGGAGUGGGCAUCACCGCGCAGGAGGAGGAGGAGCUGCUGGACGUGAAGGUCAAGUGCCUGAACAACAUGGCGGCGGCGCAGCUGAAGCUGGAGCACCACGAGGCGGCCCUGCGCUCCUGCGUGUCCGUCCUGGCGCACCAGCCGGACAACAUCAAGGCCCUCUUCAGGAAAGGCAAGGUCCUGGCUCUGCAAGGAGAGUACGCUGAAGCCAUCAGGAUUCUGAAGAGAGCGCUGAAGCUGGAGCCCACCAACAAGGUACUGCCCCCUGCUGGGUGGCGCGUGCUCUCUGGGAGGGGGUUGUGAGAGAUCAGUGCUGCA